UUUUAUCACGCCAAACUGUGAUACCAUAUGUCUUACUCAUAAAUUUGUGUCCAGACAAUCAAAGCAUGUCGGCAUAAUUAAUUUUCAUCAACUCACACUUUUACAAAACAUAACUAACACAAAAGCAUUCAAUUAUUCUUCUAUAUUUAAACCAAACUAUCAUACAAUAUGUCUGAUUAAAAAAUCUUUGAACAGAAAAUGAAAGCAUGCCGUCAAAUUAAACGUCGUUUAACAUUUCACGCUUGUUCAGAUUUCAGGGGCGAAUUGUCUUGGGGUGAGAUUUCUUUGGGGCGAGUUGUCUGAUUCCCAUUCCGAAUGGACUUUGAAAGAAACGAACGACAACUUUGUAAGAAAACCCGCCAAUGGGGCUCGCGACCAAUCGGAUGGAUGCUAUGCCUGCUGGGAUCGCCAUGCUCUUUUUCGACGCGGACAGUGGACCCGACAUGACCGACCUAACGGACUCGACUUGACGGACUCGACCUAAUCAAUUUUCUUUAUUCUUAGACUUAAGUCUAAGAAUUGUUUGGUGAAUACGGGCCUAGCAGAUUCUUUUGUGCACGAGAUGCGGUCAAAAAGAAGAAAAGACGAAAGAACCAAUCCAGACUUGGUGGCAGAGGAAAGUAUAAAAAAGAAUGCAGAUCUUGGUGGAUUUUGUGUGGAUACAAUUCCACCUAAAGGUAGAGGAGUUAGAACAGAAGUUCAUAGAAACAAGGGCGACUUUCUCCUUACCUAUCAUGGAGAAUUAAUCACAGGAGAAGAAGGCAAUAAAAGAGAACUAAUGUCUGUCUCUGUCUUCAGAUUCUUCUUUUCUUUCAAAGGGAAGCAGUGGUGCAUCGAUUCUACCCUGGAAGUCAAAAGUGGUCAGUUCUUGGGUCGACUUGUUAAUCAUGGCAAAGGCAAAGAACAAAACUGCAAAAUGAAAUGCAUAGAGGUCAAUAAAAAACCAUACCUAUGCUUAUUUGCUCAAAGAGACAUUCAGACAGGAGAGGAGCUUCUUUAUGACUAUGGUGUGUCUGAUCUACCAUGGAAGAGUCCAUGUCAACUGCUGACAGUGAAGAGCCAGGCAGUCUGACCCAUGAUAGGAGGGAGCCAAGUGAAGAGCCAGCCAGUCUGACCCAUGAUAGGAGGGAGCCAAGUGAAGAGCCAGCCAGUCUGACCCAUGAGUCCAUGUCAACUGCUGACAGUGAAGAGCCAGGCAGUCUGACCCAUGAUAGGAGGGAGCCAAGUGAAGAGCCAGCCAGUCUGAGCCAUGAUAGGAGGAAGCCAAGUGAAGAGCCAGCCAGUCUGACCCAUGAGUCCAUGUCAACUGCUGACAGUGAAGAGCCAGGCAGUCUGACCCAUGAUAGGAGGGAGCCAAGUGAAGAGCCAGCCAGUCUGACCCAUGAUAGAAGGGAGCCAAGUGAAGAGCCAGCCAGUCUGACCCAUGAGUCCAUGUCAACUGCUGACAGUGAAGAGCCAGGCAGUCUGACCCAUGAUAGGAGGGAGCCAAGUGAAGAGCCAGCCAGUCUGACCCAUGAUAGGAGGGAGCCAAGUGAAGAGCCAGCCAGUCUGACCCAUGAGUCCAUGUCAACUGCUGACAGUGAAGAGCCAGGCAGUCUGACCCAUGAUAGGAGGGAGCCAAGUGAAGAGCCAGCCAGUCUGAGCCAUGAUAGGAGGAAGCCAAGUGAAGAGCCAGCCAGUCUGACCCAUGAGUCCAUGUCAACUGCUGACAGUGAAGAGCCAGGCAGUCUGACCCAUGAUAGGAGGGAGCCAAGUGAAGAGCCAGCCAGUCUGACCCAUGAUAGAAGGGAGCCAAGUGAAGAGCCAGCCAGUCUGACCCAUGAGUCCAUGUCAACUGCUGACAGUGAAGAGCCAGGCAGUCUGACCCAUGAUAGGAGGGAGCCAAGUGAAGAGCCAGCCAGUCUGACCCAUGAUAGGAGGGAGCCAAGUGAAGAGCCAGCCAGUCUGACCCAUGAGUCCAUGUCAACUGCUGACAGUGAAGAGCCAGGCAGUCUGACCCAUGAUAGGAGGGAGCCAAGUGAAGAGCCAGCCAGUCUGAGCCAUGAUAGGAGGAAGCCAAGUGAAGAGCCAGCCAGUCUGACCCAUGAGUCCAUGUCCACUGCUGACAGUGAAGAGCCAGGCAGUCUGACCCAUGAUAGGAGGGAGCCAAGUGAAGAGCCAGCCAGUCUGACCCAUGAUAGAAGGGAGCCAAGUGAAGAGCCAGCCAGUCUGACCCAUGAGUCCAUGUCAACUGCUGACAGUGAAGAGCCAGGCAGUCUGACCCAUGAUAGGAGGGAGCCAAGUGAAGAGCCAGCCAGUCUGACCCAUGAUAGGAGGGAGCCAAGUGAAGAGCCAGCCAGUCUGACCCAUGAGUCCAUGUCAACUGCUGACAGUGAAGAGCCAGGCAGUGUGACCCAUGAUAGGAGGGAGCCAAGUGAAGAGCCAGCCAGUCUGAGCCAUGAUAGAAGGGAGCCAAAUCCUCAAGAGUCCAUGUCAACUGCUGACAGUGAAGAGCCAGGCAGUCUGACCCAUGAUAGGAGGGAGCCAAGUGAAGAGCCAGCCAGUCUGAGCCAUGAUAGGAGGAAGCCAAGUGAAGAGCCAGCCAGUCUGACCCAUGAGUCCAUGUCAACUGCUGACAGUGAAGAGCCAGGCAGUCUGACCCAUGAUAGGAGGGAGCCAAGUGAAGAGCCAGCCAGUCUGACCCAUGAUAGGAGGGAGCCAAGUGAAGAGCCAGCCAGUCUGACCCAUGAGUCCAUGUCAACUGCUGACAGUGAAGAGCCAGGCAGUCUGACCCAUGAUAGGAGGGAGCCAAGUGAAGAGCCAGCCAGUCUGACCCAUGAUAGGAGGGAGCCAAGUGAAGAGCCAGCCAGUCUGACCCAUGAGUCCAUGUCAACUGCUGCCAGUGAAGGGCCAGCCAGUCUGACCCAUGAUGAAAUGAGGCAGCCAAAUCCUCAAGGGACAGGGACAAGAAAAGGAAUGAAACGAAAGUGGGCCAGCGAAGAGAACAUAUGUUUCAUGAACUUUUUUAGAGAUGAAUUAAGAGAAAAAAAAAUGCCAUCUGGCUCAAAAAUAAUGGGGUCCCUAAAAAUACUUACCGGAAGAACAGUGGCCCAGAUAAGGGCAAGGGUCCAUAACAUUAUUAUGGAAAAACAAAAAUGGAAAAAGAAUUGUUGAACUGUGGAAUAUGUUUAUGCCCCUGGUAGGGUGGCAUAUAGCAGUUGAACUGUCCGUCAGUCAGUCAGUCUGUCCAUCUGGCCGAAAACUUAUAUGGCCAUAACUUUUUCAAUAUUGAACAUAGCAACUUGAUAUUUAUACCCCUAUUACAAUUGGUAAUGGGGGCUAUAUAGGAGUCACGUUUGUCGGUCUGUCCCGAUAUUUCAUCCGAUCUUCACCAAACUUGGUCAGUAGUUGUAUGUAGAUAAUGUCUAGAUCAAGUUUGAAUAUGGGUCAUGCCAGGUCAAAAACUAGGUCAUGGGGUCACUUAGUAUGUUUUAAACUGUAAGUUUGUACGGACCAUAGCUAUGUUAUUUAUCGUUACAUUUUUAAAUGACUCGGUACAUUUGUUCACCAUCAUGGAACGGUGUGUCGCGUUAAAAGAAAUUACGUCAAUAUCUCAAAGGUCAAGGUCACACUUGGGAGUUCAAAGGUCAAAUGCUUGUCCGGGCCAUAGCUUUGUUUUUUAUUGUGAGAUUUUAAAAUCAUUUGGCACAUUUGUUCACCAUCAUUGAACAGUGUGUCGGGCGAAAGAAUUACGUCGAUAUUUCCAAGAACAAGGGCACAAUUUGAGUUUAAAGGUAAAAAAUGGCCAUAAUUGAGCUUGUCUGGGCAAUAACUAUGUUGUUUAUUGUGCGAUUUUAAAAUCGUUGGCUCUUUUGUUCACCAUCAUUUGACAGUGUGUCGCGCGAAAGAAUUACGUCGAUAUCUUCAAACUCAAAGUUGUAGUUUUAGUUCAAAGGUCAAAAAUGGCAAUAAAUUAUCUUGUCUGGGCCAUAAAUAUGUCAUUCAUUGUAAGAUUUUAAAAUGACUCUGUACAUCAAUUUUGUUCAAAGUCAUUGGAAGGCUUGUCAUGUGAAACAAUUCAAGAGUUCAAAGGUAAAAAUGGCUAUAAAUGAUAAUGGCAUAAUGAUUCUUAAAAAAUCGCCAUAAAUUGUAUUAUCUUGUUUUGUGAAGACAGCAUACAAAAUAGUCUGUGUCAAUGCGUUAUGUGGGGGUAUAUGUCACGUCUGUGACAAAGCUCCAGUUGGCAUGCAUGUGCAUCUUGUGAAGCUGCACAUAUUGAGUGGUGAAAAGUGAAGGUCAAGGUAAUCCUUCAAGGUUAAAUGUUAAAUAUAUUGCUUCUGUCCGUCCGUCUGAAAACUUUAAAAUUGGCCAUAACUUUUGAGCUCACCUGAGUGCAACAUGCUCAUGGUGAGCUUUUGUGAUUGCCUUUUGUCCGUUGUGCGUUGUAUGUCGUCAACAUUUUGCCUUGUGAACACUCUAGAUGCCACAUUUAUUGUCUGAUCUUCAUGAAAUUUUGCAGAACAUUUGUCACAUUGAUACCUCGACUGAGUUCGAAACUGGGUCAUGCUGGGUCAAAAAUUAGGUCACUAGGUCAAAAAAACAACAAAAAAACUUGUGAACACUGUAGAAGUCCAAUCUUCAUGUAACUUUGUCAAAAUGUUUGUCUAAAUGAUAUUUUGGUUUAGUUAAAAAUUGGUUCCGGUCCGUUGAAAAACAUGGCCGCCAGGGGCGGGGCAGUUUUCCUUAUAUGGCUAUAGAGAAACCUUGUGAACACUUUAGAAGUCAAAAUGUUUGCCUAAUCAUCAUGAAACUUGGUCAAAACAUUGGUUUUAUUUAUAUUUUGGACGAGUUUGAAAAUGGUCCAGAUCAGUGAAAAAACAUGGCCGCCAAGGGGCGGGGGAGUUUUCCUUAUGUCUUUAGUUAAACAUUGCUAACACUCUAGAGGCCACAUUUAUUGUCCAUUCUUCAUGAAAUUUGGUCAGAAGUUUGGUCUCAAUGAUAUCUUAGACGAGCUGAAAAUGCUUACGUUUGCUUGAAAAACAUGGCUGCCAAAGGGCGGGGCAUUUUUCCUUAUAUGGCUAUAUAUGGCUAUAGUAAAAUCUUGUUAACACUCUUGAGGCCACAUUUAUUUUCCGAUCUUCAUGAAACUUGGUCAGAAUAUUCAUCCCAAAAAAUAUCGUAGACAAGUUAAAAAAUGAUGCUGGUUGGUUGAAAAACAUGUCCGCCAGGGGGUGGGGCAUUUUACCUUAUAUGGCUAUAGUAAAACUUUGUUAACACUCUAUAGGCCACAUUUAUUUUCUUAUCUUCAUGAAACUUGGUCAGAAGAUUUGUCCUAAUGAUAUCUUGGAUUAGUUCAAAAAUAGUUUCGUUUGCUUAAAAAACAUGGCCACCAGGGGGCGGGGCAUUUUUCCUAAUAUGGUUAUGUAUCAUGCUUUACUAAAACAUUGUAAACACUCUGUAGGCCACAUUUAUUUUCCGAUUAUUAUGAAACUUGGUCAGAUGAUUUGUCCUAAUGAUAUCUUGGAUGAGUUCAAAAAUGGUUCUAGUUGGUGGAAAAACAUGGCCACUAAGGGGGCGUGGUAUUUUUCCUUAUAUGGCUAAAGUAAAACCCUGUUAAAACUCUAGAAGCCAUAUUUAUUGUACGAUCAUCAUGACACUUUGUCAGAAGAUUUGUCCCAAUGAUAUUUGGACAAGUUUGAAAUUGGUUCCAGUUGCUAAGAAAAACAUGGCCACCAGUGGGCGGGGCAUUUUUCCUUAUAUGGACUUAUGAAUCUUCUUGAAACUUUGUCAGUAUAUUAGUUUAAAUGAUAUCUUGGAUGUGUUUUUCACGUUGACAUUUGAAGCUUUAACUUUGUAUGAUUCUAAAUAUGUGUCAAUGCUGUCAGUUGAAUUUUGAAAUAUGAAGUUUUACAUUUUUUGUAGAUUAAAUAAUUUGUAAAAUGUUGCAGUUUCGUCAAUCAGUUUUAUAAGAUAUUGAGCUUUAGUUAUGAUGCAGAUUGUAAGAUUCUUAAUAUCUUUCAAUAUUGUGGAUAAGUUUUUGAGAUAUCAAGCUUUGAGUUUUAUGCAAAUUGUAUGAUUUUAAAAUGUUUUAAUGGUGUUGAUCAGUGUAAUGAAGAUUGCAUAAUUUUUAUGUUUUAAUUCUGUCUAUUGGUUUUCAAAAUGAAAGACUUUGAUUUUGUAAGUGCACUUUUAUCUCCUGAAAGAUUCUUUUCUAGUGUUUAGUUUAUAUUUUAAGGCUGUUUGCAAACUCGAAGUGAAAACAGUUCUAUUACAAUUUGGUAAGGACAUGACAUUGCAUAUCUGAUUUUAAAAUGUACUUUGCUGGCAACGUGUAAUUUUCUGAAAUGUCUUAGUAAGACUGUUGUUUGCAAUCAAAAGGUCUGUGCUUCAAAUACAGGGUAAUGCAUGUUUUUUGUCCAAAUUUAUGGCGAUUCAGACAUUGUUCUAUGUAAAUUUGGGGUUUGCUUGAAGGUUCAGUCUAUUUUUAUGUCCCUCACUAUAGUAGUGGGGGACAUAUUGUUUUUGUCCUGUCUGUUGGUUGGUUGGUUUAUCUGUUUACGCCAACUUUAACAUUUGCAAUAACUUUUGCAAUAUUGAAGAUAGCAACUUGAUAUUUGGCAUGCAUAUGUAUCUCAUAGAGCUGCACAUUUUAAUUUUCUGAAAGGUCAAGGUCAGAGGUCAAAUAUAUGUGGCCAAAAUCGCUCAUUUUAUGAAUACUUUUGCAAUAUUGAAGAUAGCAACUUCAUAUUUGGCAAGCAUGUGUAUCUCAUGGAGCUGCACAUUUUGAGUGGUGAAAGGUCAAGGUCAUAAUUCAAUGUCAUAGGUCGAAUAUAUGGCUUCAAAGCGGCGCAGUAAGGGGGAUUGUGUUUUACGAACACAGCUCUUGUUGUUAACUGCCUUUUUAGUCCCUUACCAGUGUUUCACUAAAGUCCGUGUACUUUGGACUCAUUUCAAGUUGACAUUUGAAGCUUUAACUUUGUAUGAUUCUAAAUAUGUGUCAAUGCUGUCGGUUGAAUUUUGAAAUAUGAAGUUUUUCAUUUUUUGUAGAUUAAAUAAUUUGUAAAAUGUUGCAGUUUAGUCAAUCAGUUUUAUAAGAUAUUGAGCUUUAGUUAUGAUGCAGAUUGUAAGAUUCUUAAUAUCUUUCAAUAUUGUGGAUAAGUUUUUGAGAUAUCAAGCUUUGAAUUUUAUGCAAAUUGUAUGAUUUAAAAUGUUUUAAUUUGUUGAUCAGUGUACUGAAGAUUGUAUACUUUUUAUAUGUUAUAAUUCUGUCUAUUGGUUUUCAAAAUGAAAGACUUUGAUUUUGUAAGUGCACUUUUAUCUCAUUAUGCCCCCCUUCGAAGAAGAGGGGGUAUAUUGCUUUGCUCAUGUCGGUCGGUCUGUCGGUAUGUCAGUUUGUCGGUCCGUCCACCAGGUGGUUGUCAGACGAUAACUCAAGAACGCUUGGGCCUAGGAUCAUGAAACUCCAUAGGUACAUUGAUCAUGACUCGCAGAUGACCCCUAUUGAUUUUGAGGUCAAAGGUCAAGGUCACGGUGACCCAAAAUAGUAAAAUGGUUUCCGGAUGAUAACUCAAAAAUUCAUACGCCUAGGAUCAUGAAACUUCAUGGCUAGAUUGAUCAUGACUUGCAGAUGACCCCUAUUGAUUUUGAGGUCACUAGGUCAAAGGUCAAGGUCACGGUGACCCGAAAUAGUAAAAUGGUUUUCAGAUGAUAACUCAAGAACGCAUAUGCCUAGGAUCAUGAAACUUCACAGGUAGAUUGAUCAUGACUCACAGAUGACCCUUAUUGAUUUUGAGGUCACAAGGUCAAGGUCACGGUGACCCGAAAUAGUAAAAUGAUUUUCGGAUGAUAACUCAAGAACGCUUUUGCCUAGGAUCAUGACGCUUCAUAGGUACAUUGAUCGUGACUCACAGAUGACCCCUAUUGAUUUUCAGGUCACUAGGUCAAAGGUCAAGGUCACAGUGACAAAAAACGUAUUCACACAAUGGCUGCCACUACAACGGACAGCCCAUAUGGGGGGCAUGCUUGUUUUACAAACAGCCCUUGUUAAAGAUUCUUUUCUAGUGUUUAGUUUAUAUUUUAAGGCUGUUUGCAAACUCGAAGUGAAAACAGCUCUAGUACAAUUUGGUAAGGACAUGACAUUGCAUAUCUGAUUUAAAAAUGUACUUUGCUGGCAACGUGUAAUUUUCAGAAAUGUCUUAGUAAGUAAGACUGUUGUUUGCAAUCAAAAGGUCUGUGCUUCAAAUCCAGGAAAAUGCAUGUUUUUUGUCCAAAUUUAUGUCAAUUCAGACAUUGUUCUGUGUAAAUAUGGGGUUUGCUUGUAGGAUCAGUCUAUUUUUAUGUCCCCCACUAUAGUAGUGGGGGACAUGUUGUUUUUGCUCUGUCGGUCUGUUGAUUGGUUGGUUGGUCUGUUUAUGCCAACUUUAACAUUUUGCAAUAUUGAAAGUAGCAACUUGAUAUUUGGCAUGCAAAUGCAUCUCCUGAAGCUGCACAUUAUCAUUGGUGAAAGGUCAAGGUCAUCCUUCAAGGUCAGAGGUCAAAUAUAUGUGGCCAAAAUCGCUCAUUUUAUGAAUUCUUUUGCAAUAUUGAAGAUAGCAACUUGAUAUUUGCCAAGCAUGUGUAUCUCAUUGAGCUGCACAUUUUUAGUGGUGAAAGGUCAAGGUCAUCCUUCAAGGUCAGAGGUCAAAUAUAUGUGGCCCAAAUCGCUUAUUUUAUUAAUACUUUUGCAAUAUUGAAGAUAGCAACUUGAAAUUUGGCAUGCAUGUGUAUCUCAUGGAGCUGCAAAUUUUGAGUGUUGAAAGGUCAAAGUCAUCCUUCAAGGUCAGAGGUUAAAUAUAUGUGGCCCAAAUCGCUUAUUUUAUGAAUACGUUUGCACUAUUGAAGAUAGCAACUUGAUAUUUGGCAUGCAUAUGUAUCUCAUAGAGCUGCACAUUUUGAGUGGUGAAAGGUCAAGGUCAUCCUUCAAGGUCAAAUAUAUGGGUCAAAAUUGCUCAUGUUAUGUUACUUCUGCAAUAUUGAAGCUAGCAAUUUUAUAUUUGACAUGCAUGUGUAUCUCAUGGAGCUGCACAUUUUGAGUGGUGAAGGGUCAAGGUCAUCCUUCAAGGUCAAACGUUAUAUACGGGGCAUUGGGUUUCACAAACGCAUCUUGUUGUGUAUGUAAUUAAUUUUGCUUAAUUUUUGUGAUCCCCCGCCAACAGCGGAGGGAUAUUAAUUUGGCAUUGUCCGUCUUUCCGUCUGUCCGUCCGGCACUUUUGUGUCCGGAACCAUAUCUUGGAAGUGCUUUAGCAGAUUUCAUUGAAACUUGGUACGAGUAUAUAUAUAUGGAUAAGAGGAUGAUGCACGCCAAAUGGCAUUGUACAUCCUUGAUUAAUAGCGGAGUUAUGACCCUUUGUAUUUGAAAAAAAUGCUUUUUUUGUGUGUCCAGAGCCAUAACUUGUAUCCAGAAGUAUAAUGGCGGGGGAUAUCAAUUCAACGAAUUUGCUUGUUAAAUCAGUUUUUAUUUUCAUGAUAAUCAUUUAGUUCGUACUGCAACUUAUGAUGGAUUGUUACUACUAUCUCCAAUUAUUUGUUUGUCAUGGGUCCGUCACCAUUUAUCUCUUAUAUAAUACUUGAAUUGAGCAUUUCACAAUCUGACAAUCAUGCAUAUCAUUUAUUAGUUUCAUAAUAAAACGUCUGACAAGGGUCAGAUAAUUUUAA